ACAUUAACACAAACAGCCUCACAGGAACAAGUAUGGCAGAGCUUCUAUGGACGACACUGAUCGUGGAAGUUCUUGGAGCUGACUUGCAGAAAGCAAGUCCACGCCCUGAUGGACAGAACUGACAGGCAUCGGUCAAAGCAUGUCGGACAUCUUCAGGGACUACGAGUUCGUCCGUAUCAUAGGACACUCAUUCGCUAUAUCCGAGGCACUGGGCUUCUCAGACAUAACAGAGGACACAACAUCGAUGCUAAACAGUCUGGCCUGCUCGUACAUACUCUGCCACGCAGCUUACAAGGGAUAUAAAACUAGACGUGGGAAUAUUGUGAUGAGUACUGUGUUUGACACACUCAUGUUUGAUGGUCUGGCCUCUGCACUGAUACCCAGGAUCUUAGUCCAUUGUGUCUGUAGGGUUACAGCCAUCGUACUUAAUGAAAUCACUGCCGUUCCGGACAUGAUCAGAACUUGGGGCCCUACAGUGAUUGGUUUGGGCGCUUUGCUGAUUUCAUACAACAGGAUUGACUGGGAGGUAUCAACUCUCAUGAACGAAUCGGUCAGACGGCUUUAUUGAAGCGACUGGAAGCCCAACUUGAAGUUGUCCAGAGGUCAACAGUCCAGUAGUUUUAUCGUGUCUCCCAUGUACUAAAUACAUCAGAAAUGUACCCCCAACAACUUAGAAGCUGGGUUUUAUUUAUUUACCUUACCGUUCUAAUGUCAAUAAAUGUUAACUACGAUGAAAAGAAGUAAUGUCCUAA